AAAGAGAUGGGUAUAUACCUUAGUUCUCCGAAAACAGAUAAGUUUUCAGAAGAUGGAGAGAAUGAUAGACUUAGAUAUGGUUUAUCCUCUAUGCAAGGUUGGCGUGCGUCCAUGGAAUUCUGAUUUGAAAUGCUGGCUUGCGUUCACUUUGCCUCCAAAUCUGACAUUGCAGAUUGAUUUAGCUAAGAGCAAAGAUGAAAGUGCAUCUCCACAGUCCGUUUCUCUUCAGAUUUUAACCAGUUCGUUUCAGUCUUAUGUUAUCGAACAAUUUAAUUCACAGUCUUGGAAAUUACUGAGAACUAAGAUAAACAGGGGAAAUCCG